AUGAAGCCUCUCACCAACAAGCCAUCUUUGUUUCCACCAUUUUGGUCAUCUUCUACUUCUUAUUCUUCUUCUUCAGCAUUCAUUCUAGUGCUUGUAGCUCUCGUUUGCACGUUGGGCGUCACAGUUUCUUUUUCAUGGUCAUGGAGAGUUAAUACCGUACUAGGUACUGGCUACUCUUCAUCACUAGCUUUCUCAACAAAAUCAAGGCCAAAUUCUCAAGUAGUGAAUGAAGAAGCUGCACCAGAAGCUCACCCUAUUGUCAGUCCAUCAAAUGAUUCAGAACCAAAUGGAACAGUACAUCUUCCCCACUCUCAAAUUGUAGAAAAACAAGAGGUAGCAGUGUUGAAUGAUAAAGAAUCUGGUGAGAUCAAUGCUACUACUGCAUCUGAGACAAUAACUAUAAAGAGAUAUAGCAGGUUAGAGAAACUUGAAGCAAGUUUGGCUGGAGUUCGAGCUUCCAUAAGAGAAGCUGCUCGAGUUCGAAAUCUGACUUCUACUCAUGAAGAUCCAGACUAUGUUCCUCAAGGUCCAAUAUAUAGAAAUGCAAAUGCUUUUCACAGGAGUUACUUGGAGAUGGAAAGGCUGUUCAAGAUAUAUGUAUACCAAGAAGGAGAUCCACCCAUAUUUCAUAAUGGUCCAUGCAAGAGCAUAUACUCUACAGAAGGAAUGUUCAUUCAUGAAAUGGAAAUGGACAAUACUUAUAGGACAAAAAAUCCAGAUGAUGCCCUUGUUUAUUUUCUCCCAUUCAGUGUGGUGAUGUUGGUUCAGUACCUCUAUGAGGCUGAGUCCCAUAGCACUGAGUCCAUAGGUCGUGCAGUGGUUGACUAUGUCAAUGUCAUCUCUGAUAAGCAUCCCUUUUGGAAUCGAAGCCUUGGUGCAGAUCACUUUAUGCUUUCCUGCCACGAUUGGGGGCCUCGCACAUCUUCUUAUGUUCCUCAGCUAUACCACAAGUCCAUAAGAGUAUUAUGCAAUGCAAACACUUCAGAAGGAUUCAAUCCUUCCAAAGAUGUGUCAUUUCCAGAAAUCCAUCUCCGAACUGGCGAAACCAAAGGACUUCUCGGUGGUCUCUCACCCUCUCGCCGGUCAGUUCUUGCCUUCUUUGCAGGCCGGCUUCAUGGCCACAUAAGAUGCCUGCUUUUAAAUGAAUGGAAAGAAAAAGACCAAGAUGUGCAAGUUUAUGACCAACUUCCAAAUGGGGUAUCCUACGAGUCGAUGUUAAAGCAGAGCAAGUUCUGCUUGUGCCCCAGCGGCUACGAAGUCGCAAGCCCAAGAAUUGUGGAAGCCAUCUAUGCAGAAUGCGUGCCGGUGUUGAUUUCGGAUAACUAUGUUCCACCUUUCAGUGAUGUCUUAGAGUGGAAGACAUUUUCAGUCCAAGUACAAGUGAAGGAUAUACCAAAUAUCAAAACAAUACUAAUGGGAAUAUCUCAGAGUCAGUACCUGAGAAUGCACAGGAGAGUGAAACUGGUGCAGAGGCAUUUUGUGGUGAAUGGACCUUCCAAGAGAUAUGACGUUUUCAACAUGAUAGUUCAUUCUAUUUGGCUCAGGAGGUUGAAUAUCCGCAUUGAGGAUCAACUCGAAUAGAAGCUAGACAAUGUUUUCCACCCUCAGAUCAACCUUUCUGUAGGAUCAACAAGAAAAAUAUGAAACAAAAUAAUACAAGAUUUACUCUCUUUUUCCUUAUCAUUUUUUUGAACCAGUGCGGUAUCGAAACGCAAAGCUACCACCAGUCUAAGACUACAUUACAUCCCAAUUGUGGAUGAUGCUAGACCUGAUAGGAUGGCGAAUAUUGCAGAGUUUGUGAUUUGUG